UGGGUUUUUGACUUCUCCACUGCCGUUCGUUCCAGCUUCAUUUCCUUUUUUCGUUUUCUCCACUGCUGUUCGUUCCACUCUUCUUCCAAGCCCCCAAAGCUCAAAGACAGUUCUCCCCUUAAAAAUAACGAUCUCAAGAGCGAAGCAAAAAAACCCAAACCCAAACCCAAACCCUUAAAAUAACGUUCUCGGAAUCGAAGCAGAAAAACCCAAACCCAAACCCAAAAAUCGCUAUCUCUGCCCUGCUUAGCUCCCCGAUCUGCCACUCCACCACCAUGAUUUCUCCUUUCGAAGCUACGCCCAAACCAAACCCGACCCACCCGAGUUGGUAGCUGAGACUGUCUGUCGUCAUUGUGAAAUGGGUAAAUCAACAUCCUCUCUUCUUUUUAUAUGCAAUCGUUUGAUUAUUAGAGUAGGAAGCCUUCCAUUUCGUGCUUUUACUUCUUAUCAUUAUUGUUCUACUAUUAGAGAAAAUGCGAAAGCCCCGUAUCAGAAUCGGAAUCAGUUGUUGAAAUCUAUGAGAGAUCACUGCAAAUCUCGAACCUUUAAGAAUCUUGAUCAUGCCUUGGGUCUGUUUGAUACAAUGCUUCACAUGCACCCUUUGCCUUCCAUUGUGGAUUUUAAUAACAUGUUUGGUUCCAUUGCUAGAAUGAAGCAUUACUCCAUAGUCAUUACUCUAAUUCAACGAAUGGAAUCAUUCAGAAUCUCUCCCGAUGUUUAUACUCUCACUGUUUUGAUUAAUUGUUUCUGCCACUUGAACCGGGUCAAUUUUGGUUUCUCUGUCUUGGCAACAAUUUUGAAACUUGGCUAUCAACCAAACCAUAUAAUUCUAACCACUCUUGUCAAAGGCCUUUGUCUUCAAGGAAACGUAGUUGGAGCUGUGAAUUUGAUAGAAGAAAUGGAGAAGAAAGGGUACCAACCUAAUGCAAUUACUUGUGGAACAUUACUAAACUGUUUGUGUAAGAUUGGCCAGACUGGUGUGGCUAUUAGGUUGCUCAGGAAGCUUGAAAAUGGGAAUUUUGAACUAAAUGUGGUGCUCUACAACACGGUCAUUGACAGUUUAUGUAAGGACAGAUUGGUAAAUGACGCUUUGAACCUUUUAUCUGAAAUGAUGAGUAAAGGCAUUCAACCAGAUCUGGUCACUUACAAUUCCUUAGUUCAAGGUCUAUGCAAUUUUGGCCGGGGGAGGGAGGCUGCUACCUUGUUGAAUGAGAUGGAACAAAGGAAGGUUAUGCCAGAUGUACAAACAUUUAGCAUAUUGGUGGACACACUUUGCAGGGAAGGGAGGUUGACUGAGGCAAAAGAAGUUUUUAGAGUGAUGAUUCAAAGAGGCAUUGAGCCUAACAAAGUCACUUACAGUUCUUUGAGUGAUGGUUAUUGUUUGCAAAACCAAAUGGAUGAGGCAGUUAAGACGUUUAAUAUGAUGGUUGAGAAGGGUUGUUCACCUGAUGUGUUUAGCUAUACCAUAUUGAUAAAUGGAUAUUGCAAAAGUAAAAAAAUUGAUGAGGCAAAGCAUCUGUUUCAUGAAAUGUUGAACAAGGGAAUGAUUCCUAAUGUAGUGACUUACAACACUCUUAUAGGUGGGUUAUGUCGAGUGGAGAGAGUGCAAACUGCACUAGAGCUAUUCAAUACAAUGCAAGCUUGUGGCCAACAUCCAGAUCCCCAAACCUAUGCCAUCUUGUUAGAUGGCUUUUUUAAGAAUAGACGAAUUGCUGAGGCAAUGGCAUUGUUUCAGGAGAUGGAAGACAAAAGGUUGGACUGUGAUAUUGUGAUUUACAGCAUCUUGAUUGAUGGUUUUUGUAAUGUUGGGGAACUUACGACUGCAAGAGAAAUCUUUAAUGGUCUUCCUGCAAAAGGAUUGAAACCUAAUGUUCGGACUUACACUAUAAUAAUCAAAGGAUUUUGCAAGAAUGGACUAGUUGAUGAAGCGAGUGAGCUGCUUGAGAAAAUGGAUGGUAACGGUUGUUCACCUAACGAUCGCACAUAUAACACAUUAAUCCAAGGGUUUUUGCAACAUAGAGAGACAUCAAAGGCAAUGAAAUAUCUCAAAAUGAUGGUUGACAAGGGAUUUUCAGCAAACGCAACAACUGCUGCCUUGUUUAUUGACUUGCUAUUGUCUAAUCAAGUAGAUGAAAAUAUUCAAGAGUUGCUUCCAAAGUUUGAGUGAAGGUUAUUUAGUUUCUCAAGAUCAAGGACAACUUUUAUAUUUUAACCCGUCACUAGUGAUUAUAUACUUUCUCAUGUCAUUAGCCUAGGUAACACGAGGAUAGGAAGGUCUUCCAAGUCCAAUUGCAUAAUAAAACAGCGUACAUAGCUUCCAAUGAUUAACCUAGUGAGAAAGUGAAAAGGGAAAAUGAGCAGUGCUGCCAAAAACAAUGGCACCAAUGUUGGAGCAGGAGGAGGUUUCAUGUCCAAAAUGGAUCACUUCCUCUACAGCGGUACAAGAAGCACGUCGUGGCUGGCAUUGCUGUCCUUACUGUCAUCUUUGGCAUCCAUUGGUACUUCAUGAACUGAGGGAAAAUUGAGAAUUUGAGGUUGUUAAGGUUUAGGAGGUUUUGUGGAUCUAGGGUUUAGAAUUGUCAAAAAAAGGUUAGGGCUCAAAAUUUGAGAGGGUUUGAUGAGUUUACACAUUUACACACUGAUCGAGCUUUGGAUCUCUCUCUGUGCCGGAACGGUAGGCAACAGUCUUUAUUAUUAUACACACUCCUGCAAAACCAAGAGGUGUGAUAUAUGAAUCUAUGAAAGAGAGAUUGAAAAUGGGGAGAAAGUUCGAGACCGAAAGCGAGUUGAGUGGGUUGGUUCGAGGAAGGUGUAUCGGAGACAUUGAAGAGGUGCGAGCAGCGUAAUGAGACCACUCUUGUUUCUGCUUCUGCUAUGGAAGUUGCUAAAUGCUUAAGGUCUUGGCAAGUUCAGCUUCCCAGUCCUGAGUUAGGGCACCUUUUGGUCUCCCAUCUCUGCUCUUCUUCUUCUUCACUCUGAAGUCUGGAAAUUCAUCGAACAAGCUCUCCCCUCUCGCCUUGUUCACUUGAACAUAGGCUGCGCUUUCUUGAAGCCCAUGAAUUGGUAUCCUCAAAUUUUAAUUCAGCCAACCAAUUAUUGGCAAAAUUAUCUGGAAACAUACAAAGAGUUUUGGGCUUUGAAUACCCGUUAAACGAUUGCCAACUCACUGGGAUGCUUGUCAAUAUUGCAUCAUGCAAGCCAUCGCCUUGCUUCCACUCUGAAUUUGGUCGGUCUGCUUGUUGAGUUCCCUUUGAUAUUUACAUGGAGAAUGCAAUGGAUGGGAAACAACUCCUUAUCAAAUCUCAUGUUGAUGUACUAGCAGAGUCAAUUAAGAUUCUCCAAGUAUUUAACCAAGCACGCUGGCUAUAAACCUUCUUGGCACUCUGGCUUUCAGCCCUUCGGCUUGUACAACGAGAACGUGAUCCUCCAGAAGGUCCAAUUCCACAUCUUGAGGCCUGUCUUUGUGUCCUUUUGUCUAUCGUCCCCUUGGCAAUUGCUAAUGUUUUGGAGGAUGAGGCCAAAUUCUCUCAAGCUACUGCUACUGGAUAUUUUGAGUCUGCAUAUGGACAUAAAAUGAAUGGAAAGGCUCUUGCUUGAAGGAAAGAGGGAUUGAUUUCCUCUCUCCAAGUCCUUGGACACUUUUCUAGCCUUUUAUACCCUCCUGCGUCAGUUGUUGAUGCAGCUAAUAGUGCAGCUAGAAAAGCAGCUAGCUUCAUUUCUAGUGGCAAGAAUGAAAGGAAUAUUGUAGGUGGAGGCAGUCAUGCAGAUACUUCUAUAAG